UCUCGAAACGAAAAUAAAAAGUAAAAAGAAUAUCCGUUCGACACUUCCAUUCUUUUCUUCGGAACCGACUAGAUAUCUGAAGCAGUUAUCCGUUUAACUGUCGGGCUAUCUUUGUCUGACCAUAGAGCGCUUCGUUUCUUCUGGGUCGUCACCUUCUCCCGUGUCCGCCGGUUAUUCACCAUCCCGUCCGACUACCACAUUAUCGAAACGCUUCCAAGCAACUUAAGUCACCGGAGUUUGGGGGGAAAAUACAAGCUGGCGCAUAGGCAGUUGCGACAGCAGUACAUCUGAGAGAGAGAGAGGAAGAAAGACGAAAGAGGUUGCCAUGCGGUUAUCAUGGCGCACAGAUUCGGUGCUGAUAUCGCUACUGGGGAUAUUAUUUUGCCUGUUGGAUUUCACAAUAGCACAUUCGGAGCGGAGGAGUCCCGUCACGUACAUAACAAGAGUCGAGAACCCAAUAAUAAAAACACCGUCGCAUAGAGCCCACGCGCACUCCUCGUUCGACGUCGUCUUCACCCUCCACGAUGGCACCCAGGAUGUCAAAUUUACGCUCGAGCCGAACAACGACAUCAUCCCUGAGGGCGCUUCGAUCCAGUAUCUCGACGAUAAUGGCUACGUGGAGAGGGAGGAGCCCAUGAUCAGGCAUGAGUACAAGGUGUAUAAGGGAAAUUCGUGGUUGCGCGAUGAUCAAGGGUGGACCUAUGCUGGAUGGGCGCGCAUCGUCAUCUCGCAGGACGGAGAGAACCCGAUGUUUGAGGGUGCCUUCACGCUCAACCACGAUGCCCACCACAUCCACUCGCGAUCGAAUUACCUCAAGAUGCGGCAGAACAGUGAUCCGCUCGUCGAGAAGGAUGGUGACGAGUUCAUGCUGGUCUGGAGGGAUUCCGAUGUGAUGGGAAACCCGUUUCAGUCGGCGGAGCUGAAGGGCCGGAGUCUCGGCAAUGGCACUCAGGAGGAUAUCAUGUGCCCGUCCGACAGAUUGGAUUUCAACCUGCAACCUGGAAAUCCGGUAAACAAGAUGAUCUCGGAGAAGGAGAAGGGGAUCUUUGGUUCACUGGGGCUGGAUGCUUUGCUCGGUGGAGGACGAGUCGGAGUGCAGAAGCGGCAGACUGUCGAUGACACCACCGGUGGAAACUCGGCAACUGUGAAUCUGCGGAAUAACAUUGGAAGCACCUCCGGAUGUCCCAAGACCCGGAUGGUGGCGCUGAUGGGAGUGGCCACCGACUGUACGUAUACCGGUGAUUUCACGACCGAGCAGGAAGCCCGAACGAACAUCAUCAGGCAAAUCAACACUGCAUCCGAUCUGUACGAGAAGACUUUCAACAUCACACUAGGCCUUUCGCAACUCAUUAUUAGUAAGGCGAGUUGCCCCGGGACGGCGCCUGAAGGUUCGAAAUGGAACGUACCGUGUGAUGCAACCACUGGCUCAGCCACGACCACCAUCGAAGAUCGCCUCAACCUGUUUUCACAAUGGAGAGGCCAGAGAGCCAACGAUUCCUUGGCCCUGUGGACGCUCCUGACCACCUGCGAAACCGGGUCUUCGGUCGGUCUUGCAUGGCUGGGUCAACUCUGCCAGGGUGAGGCGACUACCAACUCUCAAGACGGCUCUUUCGUCAGCGGCGUCAACGUUGUGGCAAGGACAGACACCGAGUGGAAGGUCAUUGCUCACGAGAUUGGACAUACCAUGGGUGCUGUACACGACUGCACAGAGACCAGUUGUGCCAGUAAUGCGGCGUCAGCGUCCAUGUGCUGUCCGUUCAGUACGAGUACUUGCGAUGCGGGCGGGAAUUAUAUCAUGAAUCCAUCGACGAGUAGCCGGAUCCAGGAGUUUAGUCCAUGCACCGUUGGCAAUAUUUGUGCUGCUUUCAGGUUACGAAGUGUGGAUACAUCAUGUCUGAGCUCCAACAGAGGUGUUACCGUCAUCACCGAGCAGGAGUGCGGGAACGGUAUCGUCGAGGAAGGUGAGGACUGCGACUGUGGAGGAACGGCCGGCUGUGGAACCAACACAUGCUGUGACGCGGCCACCUGCAAGUUCACGACCAACUCUGUCUGCGAUGACGCGAACGAGGAUUGUUGCACGGGCUGCCAGUUCGCGUCGGCAAAUACAGUGUGUCGCGAGAGUAACGGAGAGUGUGAUCCGGAAGAGAAAUGCACAGGGUCCGCUUCCGUAUGUCCUAGCGAUGUAGUUUCUCCCGACGGAACAGGCUGCUCGGAUGGCCUCAAGUGUGCCAGUGGUCAAUGCACGUCCCGCGACCAGCAAUGCCAAUCUGUUAUGGGUCGCAUAUCAACCAACAACGACACCCGGUCUUGCGACGAUUCUAACUGCGUCCUCACUUGCCAGUCUCCCGAACUUGGCGCGGAUACCUGCCUCCGGAUGCAACAGAACUUCCUGGACGGCACUCCAUGCAGGGGUGAUGGCACGUGCAAGAAUGGGUACUGUUCGGGAGCGAGCGCGCUCGGAGAAGUGAAGAGCUGGAUCGACAGGCACCGAAACAUCGUUAUUGGUGUAGGUGCCGGAGUCGGCGCAAUCCUCCUCUUCUCGAUCCUUUCCUGCUGCUGGUCCCGCUGCCGUCGCGGCAGAAGACGUCCCAAGAACAUGCAACCAGCCAUGUACGGCGGGAUCCCGCCACAACAGGGCCAUAAUCCGCCCACUCGCUGGCAACAACUCCCUUCGCGAGCGAACGAUUACCCUCAACCACCACCCAUGACGCAGCGGGGAUUCGAUCCUAGCGCCCAAGGACACGGCAGACGAGGUGGUAGCGAGACCGCUACUUCCCCGGGUUAUCAACAACCACCACCCAAUUCUUACUCCGGGGCUCCGAGAUACGCAUAGUUUUUUAGAGUGUUCUUAUUUCCUAUUUUGAUGACCUGCAAUGACUAUUUUCACCACCAUACAUCAGCGCGUUACCCCGAAACGUCUGCUACGAAUUUUUCUCGAUAUCCACUAGCUAUUGUGGAAUAACAUCACUCUACUGUAUAGUUUCUCUUUU